AUAAAAUUACAAAUAUAUUCUAAACAUUGAAUUUUAUUUUAUUAUUUGUUUUCUAUAAACUUUUCCACUUUGUGAAUUUCGUUUGACAGAAGAAAAUGGAAUGGAAUAAAAGAGAAUUAAAAUUAAGUAACAUAAUUAAAAAUGUACAAUAAUACAGAUUGUUUCAUGUGACCUAAUACGAUAUAUCAGAGGAGGGAUAAAAAUAAUCAUAUCGCUAUUUGUAAGAGCUAAGAUAUAUCGAUUUGCUUUUAAUAAUUUUUAACUUAGCACAGAGAAGUAGAUCAGAGAAGUGGAAUGACAUAGUUACAAAUUGAAACUCUUUCUCUUUCAUUCUCUUUACUUUGUUUCGAAAUAAGUUUUUUAGUCUCUCAAUGUCAUCUCAAUUUAACAAAAAAUAACGAGUAAUUAUUAAGAUUUAAUAAAUCGAGUUUUCAUUUAACCACAUCGAAAAUAUAAUUUUCUUACCCGAGAUCGAAGGUUAACUCUUAAUUACUUUCCUAUUAAUUAAUCGAGGAUUCGGAUAGAGAGAGAGAGAGAGAGAGAGAGAGAAGAAAAAAACUCGAAAUUUGAUUGCUCAUUACGUAAAUGGAGAGCAGCAAUUUUCUUCUUUUCCACCGAGCUUUCGCUUUAAAACCCGCCCACUACAAUGACCCACUCGCCAGUUUUGCUCGAUAUAUCGAUUUUCUAGGGACAACAGGAGGAGUGCCCGUGAAGAGCUUACUACCUUGCCACUUCAAAAUAAGAAACGUCUGCCCUUAUUUCGACAAAAACGUGAAACAUUUUAAUUUCGAAUUCGGACAACAAGAAUCGUUUGAUUUUCCUUUGAUUCGUUCGUUGAAUUGUUGAAGAAAUAAAACAUCUCAAAUUUAAAAUAUCAAAUAAAUCUCAAAAAAAUUCAUCAUUAUAACAAGUUUCUUUCGUACUGGAAUAUAAAUUAAAAUUGACAAAAAUUUUUGAUAUUUAAAUUUCUCGUUUUAAGUAAGGUUGAGAUCAAUUUCUCCGCUUUCCACGAAUCGACGAAUCAUUUCGAAGGUACGAGGUAGUUAGGGGUUAAAGAGAUAAAGGGGUUAUGCGAAAACGUGUCGGUGGUGACGGGAUCGCAAUGAAAGUCAAUAAACCGUGAUGAGUAAGAGAGAGUAACAGUCGGAGUGGUAUUAAUAAAUUAGUGUCUAGUUGCUACAAGCAGCAGCAGCAGCAGCAGUAACAGGAGAUGGUGGAAUAACGGAUAAAGAAAGAAUAGGAAAAUCGAUGGACAAGAGACAGUGAUGGAGACGAAGAUGGAAAGUGGAUAUUCGAUUCUUUUCUUUGAGAGUUUUCGAGCUGCUUAAUCCUUUCAAGCAAGGAAACAACGAUGAUCGACCAGAAAAGAUGGAUCUUGAGGAUCCUCGUUUUGGCAAACGUUCACGCCGCGAUCGCUUCGAUCAACCUAACAGAUUCAUCGGAGAUCGAUCAAUCGAACGAGAUGGACUCGUUCACAACCACGAAGAGGACGUUUCUUGACAGGUGUCUGGUGAAGACCGAGCCAGGUCCUUGCAAACAGUACGUCUCGAGGUGGACGUUCAUCAAGACUGAAGGGAAAUGCAAGACUUUCUCUUACGGUGGCUGCUUAGGGAACGAGAAUCGUUUCAACUCGGAAGCCGAGUGUCUGUAUUAUUGCGUGGGUGGUCCUGAACACACACUGCCUUAUUUGGUCACGAAGGGGAACGUAUUUGUAACGAGCACAGCAACCACGAACACACUGCCUUCUACCACCGCCAUCACUUCACGACCAACGUUUUCGCCACCAGAACCGACGAAACCGCCUGUACCAAAGUACAAACGAGGAAAGGAACUCACCUUCAUGGAAUCUGGCUACGAGAAAACUUUUAUGUUCGCCCAAAGCAACACGUUUAUUCAACUCGACGGUAGCGGUAUAAAACCGUUUCAACUUCGACUGUGUCGCGAGAUAUCGUUCAAAUUUCGCACGAAAUUACCCCACGGUUUGCUGGUGUAUCACAGCGUGAAGGAUCGGCCAGAGAUCCGCUUAGACCCGUAUGCUCUGUACGUGAUCGUGGAGAAAGGCCAGCUGAAAGUGGUCCACGUGUUCGGGAAACGAUCAACCAGCCUGACGGUCGGCGAAGGGUUGAACAGGGAUGAAUGGCACAGCGUUUUGGUGAGGAUCGACGUCCACGGGGCGAAAUUGAUCGCCAGGGUGGACGAUAAACAAGAGGAAACCACGCUUGAAGUCUUGGAACACGUGAUCAAUUAUGGAGUGUCAGAGGAACUGGCCUCUGUUGUCCUUAUUGGUGGGUUAAGUUCCGAGGAACGAUUGCACGGCGUGAAAUACAUAAUAGAAUCAUUCGUUGGCUGCAUAAGAGAUAUGGUUCUCAGCUCGGGCAAAUCGGCCAGCGAUUUGUUGCCCAUUCAACCUCUGAUUGCCACAAAACACGAAAACGUGAGAGAGGGUUGCAUAGACAAAUGUAGAACACGAGAAAAUCUCUGUUUCAUCUCGAGUCAAUGCGUGAAUCAUUAUAAUAGUUUAACUUGCGAUUGCUUUGGAACAAAGUAUGAAGGAGAACGAUGCGAUGUAUAUACGGCCACGAUCUUAACAUUAAGAGGUUCCUCGUACGUAUCUUUCCGCGUUUACGAUUGGAAGGACAGAGUUCACUCGUCCGUCAACAGGAUAAGCCUUGCAUUCAAGACGAAAUGGGACGACUCGGCUUUGUUUUACGCUUCCGGGGAAAUCGACGGUACGCCGCACUACGUAGCGGCCUCCAUAGUGAACGGAUCGGUGCACAUCGAGUUGGAUUUCGGCCACAACUCGAAGAUCGCCACUGUACUCGGCGAUUACAUCACAUCGAACCAUUGGAACAAUCUGACGAUAUUCCACAACGGGUCGUUGGUGUUCGUCAGCUUGGACGACGAGAUUAAAGUACUCGAAAUUCCCGGUGAAAAUUAUAAUAUGAUCAUCGAUCCUGAGAUCUAUAUAGGCGGUGGUCCGGAAUUGCACAAGAAGAAGGGACUUUUGUCGCACAAUAAUUUCGCAGGCUCGCUGAAAUACGUUUUCUUCAACGACAAGUCCAUUAUUUAUGAGUUGAAACGUUCCAACCCCAUGGUGCAUUAUAUCGGUGUGCUCGAGCCCGAAUACUACGAGGCGGAUGUUGAUGUGAUUCCAAUAACAUAUCCGUUCGCGACCAGCCACAUUUGGUGGCCAAUAGCACGGACCGACUCCCUUAAAUUGAACUUCGACUUCAAGAGUUCGAAACCGGUGGCUGUGGUCGCGUCUGGGGACGUGAAAUGUAAUCGUAGCCUCGGAUACUGGGAGCUCCAACUGGUGAACGACGAAAUCCGUUUUCAACUGAUCCCGGUGUUGGGCGAAAACGUCACGAUCACAACUGCGGUGAAGUUUCCACCUUACAACACGUCUUGGCACGCGGUCGAGUUAAAUUACACGAAAGGGGAGAUCAGCGUUCUGGUGGAUUAUCGGAACAAGCAGAGCAAAUUAUUCUCGAUGACGUUCGAGCUGGGCGACAAAGUUAUCAUAGGAAGUGGGAAGAACAACACGGGUAAGUUUCUCGCGUGGUGUGUUGUAACAAUAAUAUAUAUUUGGUUUUGGAUAUCAGGUUUGGUAGGAUGUAUGCGCGAGAUACGGGUGAACGACGAGAGAAUAGAGCCUAGAUACGUGAUGAACACUGACAGAGUUAUGGGAGAAGUAGCGUUGGACAAUUGCCAAUUCAUCGAUCCUUGUACCAGGCCGAACACUUGCGAGCAUGGGGGUAAAUGCUCGGUGAAAAAGGACGAAAUCAGCUGCGAUUGCACCGACACGGGUUACGUCGGGAAAAAUUGUCAUUUCACUAAAUUCAGAAAAACCUGCGAGGAAUUAGCAUUGCUGGGAUACACCCAGGACGAUGUGUACAAAAUCGACAUCGACGGAAAUGGUAGAUUUCCUCCUGCCCUGGUCAAAUGCGAGUUCCAAUCUAUCGAAAACUCGACGAAGACUAUCGUGGAGCAUAAUUUGCCCUCGCAAGUCGAUGUCAGAUCAAUUACAGAAUCUGAUUUCUCGUUCAACAUCAAGUACAGGCAAUUCACCGCUGAGAUGCUUCAAGAAUUGAUCUCACACUCGUUGUAUUGCAGUCAGUACGUCAAAUACGAUUGCUAUAAGGCACCAUUGGAAUUGCACAGUGCCACGUGGUUCCUUAACUCGAAGGGAACCACCGUGGAUUACAUUGGAAAUGUGAACAGAGGAUCUUGUCCUUGUGGAAUGAACAAGACAUGCAUUAAUCCAAAUUUAAGCUGCAAUUGCGAUUUCACCGGAAACGGGGAUAAAUGGCUUUCCGACGAAGGAUAUUACGAAACACCGGAUUCUUUGGGUAUCACAGGAAUGGUGUUCUUGCAGCAAAGGGAUCUCGAGGAAGAUGCGCAAGGGCGAAUCACCUUAGGUCCAUUGGAAUGUGUCGAAACGAAUACACAAAAGUACGUUGUAACAUUCACCACUUCGCAAUCAUACAUCGAAGUACCAGGUUGGAGAAAAGGGGAUAUAGCAUUCAGUUUUCGAACAACUGGAGAGAAAGCUAUCCUUUUGUAUCAACCACCCAUCAGAAACAAUUAUCCAUCUUUCAUGGUUGCUUUGACAUCAGAGUAUCGAUUGACGUUUAAUUUCACCCUGAGUACGGGUGUUAUAAAGGGUAUAGAGGUGGAGAGUAAAAGAAAAUUGAACAAUGGGGAAUGGCAGAAGAUUUGGAUCGAUUACAACAAUUAUCACGUCAGAUUAAUGAUCAACACCGAUUCCCAAAUGCUCGAUCUCGAAGACAAAUUUGGACCUUUCGAGGGUUCUAUGUUUAUCGGUGGAGCUACUGCGGAACAUUUGAGGACUUCUUCAGUUCAGCAAGGACUCAUAGGCUGUUUUCGAGGUUUGGUCGUGAACGGAGAGAUCCUGGACAUUCACAGUUACAUGUCUGUUCAUUUGUCCGAGAUCAUCAAAGAUUGCAAACCAUUCUGUCAACCGAACAAAUGCCAGAACGGUGCAAGGUGCGUAGAAUUGUGGAGCAACUACGAAUGCGUCUGUGAGAACAAAUGGGCCCAUUUUGGCGACUAUUGCGAGAAGAAUAUAAACAACGAGGCGUUGACAUUUACCUCGCAAAGUGCUUUCCUGAAGAAGAACUACUUUGGCACGGAUGAAAAAGACGAAGAGAAGUCGCUGUUGAAGAAUAUACUGAUGGAAAAUAUUCUAAUCAAUCUGAGAACAUACGACACUUAUUCGUCCAUCUUGUACGCGAACGAUAAUUUGAACAACUUUGCCCAUCUUUACAUUUCGAAUGGCACCAGUAUAGUAUAUCUGUUCAACGCUGGUAACGAAAUAAAGAAUAUCACUGUGGAAUAUCCGGUGAACACGGGGAUCUCGAUCCAGAUCGCGAUUAUUCGAAACGAGAGAUCAACGACGCUUCACGUGAACGAAUACAAUUCUACGUUGAACGCCACGCCCGUGUUACUGGACACGUAUUCGAACAAACCUUGGAUAAAUCCGGAAAAAGAGGUGUUAGCUCCCCAGAGGCCGCCGGCAUCGCCCACCAGCUAUUUCCAGGUGAAUCUAGGGGGUUUCGAUCCGGAUGACUUGCUGAGAGUGGGCAAAGAGGACAUGCAAAUUAAGGGGUACGUCGGCUGUCUUGGUGGAUUAAUGAUCGGAGAAUACGUGGUCAAUUUGUCUAAGCUUGCCAACGAGGCUAAUCACGAGGGUAGCAAAGAAAUACUUCCUAAUUGUCAAACGAAAUGCGAUGCAAUGCCUUGCAAGAAUUUGGGGAUCUGCACCGAAGAUUUUGAGAGGCAGGAGUCAUUGUGCAAUUGCGAGUUAACGUCGUAUUUCGGGGAGCAUUGCGCCGAUGAAAAAGGGGCAGACUUCAGUGGCGAGAGCGUGGUUCAACGGGAGUUCGAUCUCGUUGGAAAAGUGAACCAAGUGAAAGUUCAACUCGCAUUUUCGACCAACGAACUACGACAACGUACCACAGCGCUUUUGCUUUUACAGACGGAAAAUAAAAGAAGCUACUACUUGCUCGUUGCUUUAACGUCAGAGGGUCAAUUGAUUUUUGAGGAGGACAGAGAAGGAUCCGCGUUUGGAGUGCGUUUAAACGAUAUAAAUUUUCUGAACGGGGCCAGGCACAGUAUUUACUACGUUCGAGACAAUAGCACUGUCACGUUUCUGAUCGAUCGCGAACCAGUGACACUGUUACCGAUCCCAGCGUUGACUCUCGGAGAGGACGAGAGUCCAGGGGUGACCGAGAUCCAACUUGGCGGUCUGAACACGACAGACUCGCGAUUCAGCGCGUACAAGGGAUACACCGGUUGUCUGAGCAACGUCGUGGUAUCGAUCAACGGUGGACCCGACAUGAAGCCGCUCGAGGAAUAUAUGCUAUUUACGAAACAGGGAAGCGAAACCGUGAGGGCGACGAUGCCUGCCGGCGUCAGGAGCGCGCAGUGCGCUGUUUUCCACGUCCAACCGCACGGCCUUGACCCACCCAAGAACGAUAGCAACGUGGGUGUGGACAAAGUGUGGGUGGAGGACCCCCCGAAGAGGAUAUCGUACAAAUCGCAAUACACGAACGCGACCCAGGAGGAGCAAGGUGCUGGUACUUACAUCUUCAUCGCGUUGUGUUGCGUAUUCGUGACAGCGGUGAUCGGUUGCAUCUACGAGGUGUGGCGGAGCGCGAGGAAAGAUAGGCGUCGAAGACGCGCAUCCGUCGCCUCCACGGUUCCCGCGCCCGGCUCCCAAAGAUGGCAAUCGCAACAGUACACGGAUCCAUUAACGGGUGGCGUGAAAACGGUCGGGUUCAAGAACGUGGCCGAGGACGAGAAAAGACCGAACGGCACGCACAUGAAGGCCACGGUCAAGGAGUAUAAACCGUUGGCCAACGCGGAGUCGAAAGAUUUGAUUAACGAUAAAAGAGUUCAUAUCAUAGCAGAUGAAGAACCAGAGAAGAAGGAGCUCCUAGGGGUAAAUACAGGCAUCAUCACUAAAUCUCCGAAACUGAAUCCAUUCUCAAUGGAAGAUCUACAGGAGGAACCGGAACUGGAAGAAUGCGAAGAAGAGGAACCAGAUGAAGAAGAUGAAGAUGAAGAUGAAGAUGAUCCCAAAGAACAAAAUACAGACGAGGAGGAGAUACAUCAAAAAACAGAACAUACUGAUGAUAAUGACUUUGUCAAGUCGGAAAACACGCUAAAUGGUAUUGGACAACGAAGAAGAAUCGAAAAUUUAUUUUCAGAUUCUGCAAGGCGUUAUAUUUACAAUCUGCCAUCUAUCUAUUUACCGGAUCGAAGAAUUAUUGGAUAUCCAUUGAACUAUUUUGAUGUAGCGAAAUAUCAAUCAAGAAAUAGAAAUUCUAUUGAAUCGAUAUUAUCUUUGGAUUAAUGGAUGCUUCCCAAAUUUAUAAAAAAAUUUUUAAUUUCGCGCCAUGUUGUGUGCGCACGCAUCACAACUCUGAAGAUAAUGCGGAAUAAAAAAAUUUUAAUGUACAACGAUAUACAAUAACGAAUCUUCAUUAAAUAUUUUAUGAUAGUUCUUAACUACAAAAGUAAAAAUCUUUAAUUUGUUUUAAAAAUAUGUAAUACUUACUUAUGCAAAUGUAGAUUAAGUCCAUCAAUGAAAUAUUUCCGUGAAUUUUUCAUGGUACACAUUGAUUGA